UAAAGUAAGUAAUGAAGUGAGGAAGUAAUAGUUGGUGGGGGCAUUGAUGAGUGCUGAGACACCCCCGGCUAGCCUCAGUCAGUCGACCGCUCCACUCAGGGGAGGACGUGUGUAGCAGCUCCGUUCCUUACCGUCGCUUAACCUUGCACAAUGUCGGAGGCAUACGUAACAUUAGCCACUAAUGAUGGCUAUGCAGUUGGCGCGUUAGUGUUGGGCCAUUCCCUGCGUUCAAAUCACACCACCAAAGACUUGUGCAUAUUGAUCACUCCUGGUGUUUCACCAUCAAUUGUUUCCAUGUUGGAGUCAGUAUUCGACAAAGUCGUAAAUGUAGAUGUUCUGGACUCUGGAGAUUCAGCCCAUCUGUCCUUGCUGAAGAGACCAGAGCUAGGAGUCACUCUUACCAAACUGCAUUGUUGGACACUCGCAGAUUACUCAAAAUGCGUCUUCCUUGAUGCUGAUAUGUUGUGUGUGCAGAACCCAGAUGAUCUCUUCUCUCAUCCUGAACUAUCAGCAGUUUGUGAUAUUGGCUGGCCUGACUGCUUCAAUUCAGGGAUGUUUGUAUUUGUGCCUUCACUUGACACCUAUGGCAGGCUGCUUCAGCAUUCAGAAACAAGUGGUAGCUUUGAUGGUGGUGACCAGGGUCUUCUAAACACCUUCUUUCCUAACUGGAAUCGUCUCUCCUUUGUGUUCAAUAUGGUUGCUUCUGCUACAUACACCUAUUUGCCAGCUUAUAAACAAUAUGGAGGAAGUGUGAAAUUAGUCCAUUUCCUGGGUGCUAUGAAGCCAUGGCAGUACUCUUAUGAUACUAGUUCAUCUUCAGUACAUGUAUCUUCUGGUUAUGAACUUCUUGCUCCUUACCUAAACUCCUGGUGGGCAAUUUAUCUCAGCCUUGUUAAACCAGGGGUCCCAGAAAUGGAUCUUCAAAGUGCAAUAGAGGAGAAAACUCACAUAGAUGUACAGGAAAAUGACCUUAAAAUCAGACACACUGAGGAAGAGCAUGAACACCAAUGUGCCUCAAAUGUGUGUGAUGAUAAUGAGGUAAAGAACAGUGUUCAUUGCAAACUACUCUGCAGUAUGGAGUUGGAUAGUGAAUGUGUAUCUAAUGUCAUUUUUCCUAAUGAUAAAGACAGGAGUGGAAAUAAGGAGACUGAAAACUUAGCCAUGGCAGCUCCAACUGAGAGGGUGAUAGAGGUUGCCCAACAGUUGGCUGGGGUGAGCAUUGGAUCACAAAGCCUUCAAGAAGAACAGGCCAGGUGGGAACGUGGAGAACCAGAAUACCUGGGUCGUGACUCUUUUGCAAAUAUUCAGGCUUACGUAGAUUCUAAACUAAAAAGCGGAAAGUAACUAAACAGCAGGAAACUGCAUAUUGAUUCUCAGUACUGGAGUGCCUGUGUAGAGUAUGUCAAAUUUGGCUAAAUACAUUUUCUUAAAUUGAAAAUAUGCAAGAGCUUUGUAUUUUUUGAACAUAAAUUAAGUUAGUAAAUUUUUUUAAUUGCACUUUCCCAAUUGCAAAGCUAUUUCUUAUUACUGCUAGUUAGUGGUGUUAAUAAUUUGCCACUAAACUAGUGGGAGGGUGGUUCCUCUUGCUUCAGGUAGAUGUGCCCUUACUGUUAACAUUGGGCCCAAUUAUUUUUACUGGGAAUUAAGUUGAAUUGGGUAAGAAUCUAGUCUUAAUUUGUUGCUCAAUUUGUUAAAUAUAGUUAACUGUGCCUUUAUCAGUGUAAAGAUUCUCUCCUGACUAACUGGCAGUCUGAGAGCUGGCAAUAUUUGCACAUUGAAAUGAUAGUGAAAGAUGGUGAGAAACCAGGGAAAUUAAAACCUUAAAUUUCAUUGACAUUCCGCAUUGCCUGAAAUAAAAUUUAAUUGUGCCAAAUACUGAUAUGCCACUAAUAAAGAGUAAGCAUUA